AUGGCGUCCCCUUUGCAGUUUGCCUACCGAACCCAGAAGCACAUUGGUGUCACCGAUGCCGCGCCCGUCUAUGCGCCGCUCGCUGGGUUCACCAACCCCGAAGGGAACAACCGGUGUUGUGAGUACUCACCCUGUGGUCGCUAUUUCGCCUGGGCCGAUCCCAAGCUCGUCUCCGUUGUCAAUGCUGCCGACGGCACCCCCGUGCUGUCCCUGCCCAUCGCCAAUGUCUACGAGCUCGGCUUCUCGCCCCUCGGCACCUUUCUCGUCACCUGGGAGCGCCCUGGCAAGGACGAGAAUGGCGAUGCCACCAAGAACCUGAAGGUCUGGCGCACCAUCGAGGACGGUGUGCCCGCCGAGGAGAAGCAGCCCCUGGGCCGCUACGUCCAAAAGUCUCAGGGAGGCUGGAACCUGCAGUACACCGCCGACGAGAAGUUCUGCGCCCGCCAGGUCACCAACGAAGUCCAGUUCUACGAGAGCCACGAUCUCGGCACCGUCUGGAACAAGCUGCGCGUCGAGGGUGUCACCACCUUUGCCCUUGCGCCUAGCAACAACCACUCUGUUGCCGUCUUCAUCUCGGAGCGCAAGGGCCAACCCGCCGCCGUCAAGGUCUACAGCGUCCCGCAGUUCGCUCAGCCCAUCUCCCAGAAGACCUUCUUCAAGGGCGACAAGGUCCAGCUCAAGUGGAACAACAAGGGCACGAGCCUGCUUGUGUUGGCCCAGACCGACGUCGACAAGUCGAACAAGAGCUACUACGGCGAGACGACCCUGUACCUGCUGAGUGUCAACGGCUCCUUUGACGCCCGCGUACCCCUCGACAAGGAGGGCCCCAUUCACGACGUGACGUGGUCGCCUAAUUCGAAAGAGUUUGGCGUCAUCUACGGCUACAUGCCCGCCAAAUCGGUCAUCUUCAACCACCGUGCCGUCCCCACCCACUCGUUCCCCCUCGGCCCCCGCAACACCAUCAUCUUCUCGCCCACCGGCCGCUUCGCCCUGCUCGCCGGCUUUGGCAAUCUGGCAGGCCAGAUUGAUGUGUACGACCUCGAGAAAGACUUCCGCAAGGUCACGACUAUCGAGAGUGGCAACCCGAGCAUCUGCGUCUGGAGCCCCGACAGCCGCUACAUCCUGACCGCCACCACGUCCCCUCGUCUCCGUGUCGACAACGGCGUAAAGCUGUGGCACGUUGGCGGUAGCAUCAUGUACAAUGAGGACAUGACUGAGCUGUACAACGUUCUGUGGAGGCCCAUGGCCCUGGAUGCCGUGGCCGGCGGCGACCCUCUGAGCCCCGUGCCCACGCCUCACUCGUCGGCGACGACCUACCUCGGCACCAUCAAGACGCCUAGCAAGCCCGCCGGUGCCUACCGCCCCCCCGGCGCUCGUGGCCUCGCCACGCCUCUGCACUUCAAGCGCGAGGACGAGGGCGGCUCAGUUCAUGUCGUGGGCAGUGGCUACGGUCCGACCAACGGCGCGACGCCCAUUGGAGCUAACGGCUUCGGUCGUCCCCGUCGCGGCGUUCCAGGUGCUGAGUUUGCCCAGGGUGUGCCCGGUGCCGCGCCAGCCAUUCCGGGCGCCGCGCCUGUCGAUGGCGAUGAGAACUUGUCAAAGGCGGCGCAGAAGAACAAGAAGAAGCGAGGCGGCCGCAAGGGCAAGGACGGCGAGGGUGAGGGUCAGCCGCAGGGCCAGGGCCAGCAGCACGGUCAGGGCCGUGGAGACGGCCGCAGUCACGGCCGCGAGGGUGGAUACGCUAACGGCGGAGCCUCUCUGGCGCCUCCCUCGCACGACCACCGCUCUGGGUCCGGAAGCGACGGACGCAGCCCUGAGCGUCGCGGUGGCGGUCAGCACCGCCAGACCCUUCGCAGUCAGUCGAGGAACCCCGGCCGCCGCAACAGGAGCAACACGGCCCGCGGACAGAACGGCGCCCCUCCCGUUCCGACCAUGCAAGAUGGCCAGCUGGGCGGCGCCGCCGGCGGUGGUGCUGCUGUCGACAUGUCGCAAAACCCGGACGCCAAGAAGAUUCGCAGCCUGCAGAAAAAGGUGCGGGCCAUCGAGGACCUCGAGAUGCGUCUCGCCGGCGGCGAGAAGCUCGAGGAUACGCAGAUGAAGAAGAUUACGACCAAGUCGUCCGUCCUCAAGGAGCUCGAGGCGCUUGAGAGGUCGUGA